AUGAGUUUGCAUCUUGGACCAAUAACGAAUCGAGACCUGAGAUCACCUAACAGAUGUCUGUUCUGUCGCAGCCAAAUCUCUAAGACUCUGUGGGUAUGUCAUCUCUGCAACUCAGCAGCCAUACCAACAGAAGACAACAAUCGCAAGUCGAUAUUCUGGGCAACCUACUCAUUUGGAACACAAUUCUCAGCUCCAAAGCCGUCUACUAUUCAACCCGAUACUAUAGCGGUUCUAAUGGCCAGUUCGUUAAGAGAUUCCUUGCUUCGUGCCGACGACAACGUCGAGGCAGCUCUGUUCAUUCGACAUUCGGAUGACAGUGUGAUGAUGUCUUACAGAGUUGACGGGCAACCGACCAUAACGAGAAGGGGGAUUAGCGCGAUCACACUUCAAGAUAUGGUCGCUUUCGAUCAAGUUGUAGCUAGGAUCGCGGCUUGA